AUGUUCAAUUAUUUACUGUUGUUUGUGCCUCUAUUAUUACUCGAUUCAUCGGUGGUGAGCACGGAAGUUAUUCCUAGAGGAGAAGAAACUCAAAUUCAAGAAAACUACUAUGUCAGUGAUGCAAUGCUGCUCCUUGAUGUCUAUACUGAUUACGUCGACAUCAAUCGCAUUAGAGUCUUUGACGGAGGACAAUUCUUCUACGUUUCAACAAUACCUGGUAUUCAUAUGGCAACUUCGUUCAAUAUUUCAGAACUCGCAAAUCUCUCAAAUCAAGGCAUUUGCUAUUUCGACCUUUCUGCCAGUGAAAGCCGGUUCCAGUCAGCUUACAUUAAUCGUAUAAUUAACAUUGGAACCAUGGUAUUUAAGGAUUUUCAUACAACAUGUCCUAUGAAAGUCGAUGACCUCCAUAAUGGUGCCAAUGGACUGACAUAUAUUGAAAAUACCAACUUGAAAGUAAUUGAACAAUUUUCCAACUUAGGGACAAUCUGCCUUGGACCCAAGUUAUCGCUCGCGGUUGAAAACGGUGCCCCGAUUAAGACCACAAAAGGGUGGAUCAAAUUAUCACCGGGGAACAUUGUUACUGUCCCAGGAGAUAUCCUGUCAAAUUUUUGCUUUCCUCAGGAAAAUGGUUAUCUUGAAAUUACCUCAAGUAGUGGUUCUGAUACCAUAACGUUGACAAAUUUUUUUGGUCAAAGCAAUAAGAUCUUCCUUAUAGACUCUGAAAACUACUCUUCGAAAGGAUCACUCGUCUACACCGACCCAUAUUUAAAAAUUACAUUGGAUGGGAAGUCAGUCUAUCGCUUUAAUAUAGGAAAGGGGUAUGCUUCACAAAGAUUCGUUAUGAUUCAUAUAGACGGCGGGUAUGAGAUUUUCUACGAUUAUCAUGUCGAUAAGCCACUGCCCUGUCCCUGUGAUUGUACGAUGCCAACAUAUAGUAAUUAA